GCACUUCCUCGCUCUCCAGGACGCUCCAACACUCCCGACGAUGCAGAUCCUCGCCGUCCUCGCCGCGGUCGUCCUCGUGGCGGCCGCCCAGAGCCAGCCAGACCUGGAAUGCGCCCCGGAGGACCUGGUGGUGGAGAGGAGUCCAGCUGAGGAGAAGCUGGUGGGGCGGCUGAGCACCGUGUCCAGCGCCACCAUCGUGGAGGUGAUGGACUCUGCCAACUCGGUGGCCGACUACGUCAACUGCAUCGAGGCUGACAACGUGAGCGCUGCCUGCACCAGCAGCACGGCCAGAGCUCUGCGAACGGUCGUCAAGGACUUCUUCUGGCCCAAGUGCAAGAUCUGCAGCGCCUGCGACAUGAGGAGGAUCAGGUACGUGGUCAGGAGGCUCCAGUGCGAGUACCCGGGGCAGGCCGACCGCGUGAGGGCCGCCCUCGCCUACGACAUCUUCGGCAUCUUCAACGAGCAGUGCUGAGUCUGCGGGCGUGCUCAGCCCUCGCCCGCGGGCGUCGUCCUGCAAUAAAGUCGAUAAAACGAA